AUGUUCAGAUCACAAUUCGGUUUAAUCGGUAAAGCAGCAAAAUCAGCUAGCCUCUUCAAAACACAGCAAUCAAGAUUAUACGCUAGUGGCGCACUCUCCAAGAACGACAUCCAAUCGAGAAUUUUUGAUGUUUUAAAGUCAUUUGAUAAGGUGAAAGGGGAGAAUCUCACCGAACAAGCCUCUUUCACUAACGAUUUAGGCUUGGAUAGCUUGGAUGCUGUUGAAGUCGUUAUGGCCAUUGAGGAGGAAUUUGCAAUCGAAAUCCCUGACGCUGAAGCUGACGCAAUCCAAAAUGUAAACCAAGCAAUUGAAUACAUUGCAAAAACCCCUGAAGCUCAUUAA